AUGGACUCUGGACAAGACAUCAUCAAAAGAAGUGGUGGUAUCAAGAAUGCAAUCAUUCAAUCAAUAUUCAGUGGAUCGCUCAGUGCGCCAUCACUAUCACCAUCGUCUGGCAUUGAUACAAUAACAUCGACAACCACAUCAACAUCAACGACGUCAACAUUGGUAAAGCCGGCGAUUGUUGAGGCAGAGGAGGAUGAUGCCACCGCCGAUCUAAAGUCAUCAACGUCAAAGAAGAGAACCACAAAGCAAAAGACAGAGGAUAUUGAUUAUGACCUGUUGGAGACGCUGACACCUGAACAGGAGCGUGUGGUCAACUUGAUUGUCGAUGGUAAGAAGAAUGUCUUCUUCACGGGCAGUGCAGGCACGGGCAAGAGUUUUGUGCUCAAGCACAUCGUAGCUAGACUGCGCGAGAAGCAUGAGAAGGCUGUCUAUGUCACUGCCGCCACAGGUAUUGCCGCCGUCAACAUUGGCGGUGUUACCCUUCACUCGUUCGCUGGUAUCAAGAUGGGACACGGCACACCCGAGCAACUUGUGUCCAAAAUACUCAAGUCAAGGAUAUACACCAAGCGAUGGACCGAGGCUAAAGUGCUGGUCAUCGACGAGAUAUCCAUGGUGGACGCAGAGUUGUUUGAGAAGCUUGACGUCAUUGCCAGGACACUCAAGGUCAAUGACAAGCCAUUCGGAGGCAUUCAAUUGGUGUUGUGUGGCGACUUCUUCCAACUACCACCUGUUGUUGGAAGCUAUGCAUUUGAAUGUGAGGCUUGGAAGAGAUGCGUGGAUGAAUGUGUACAGUUGACAACAGUUAUGCGACAGAAGGAAGGAGUGUUUGUAAAAGUAUUGAACAACCUACGUCGAGGAUACGUCACGCCCGAGGCCAUCAAAGUGUUGCAAGACUGUGAUCGUCCACUUGACAUUUCAAACGGUGUCCUCCCCACCAAGCUAUACUCUACCAAUCAACAUGUUGAUGAUGAAAACACCAAGGCAUUGGAAGCAUUGGAAGGAGAACCUACUACAUUCACAUCGAUUGAUUCUGGAAGUGAGGAACUGAAGGAUAAUAUUGAGAGAGAUUGUCCAGCACCGCAACAACUUACACUCAAGGUUGGCGCACAGGUAGUGCUGCUAAGGAAGCUGGAUGGCGCAAAGUCACAUUUGGUCAAUGGCUCGAGAGGUGUGGUCGUGGACUUUGUCCAGGUAAAGCCAAAGAAGAGAAUGGCGCAGUGGUACAAAGCCAACACCACGAUGCCCGUCGUACUAUUCAACGAUGGCUCAAAGGUCACGAUCAAACCACUCGAGUGGAACAUUUGGAGUGAGAGACGUGCAUCCAGGACUCAACUGCCGCUAAAGUUGGCGUGGGCACUCACUAUACAUCGUGCACAGGGCAUGACGUUGGACAAGGUUGAAUGUCGUCUACCCAAGACCUUUGCCAAUGGACAAGGAUACGUAGCCCUUUCCAGAGUCAAAACACUUGAUGGACUAUGUCUACACGAGUUCUCCAGGGCAUCCAUCCGCACCAGCUACAAAGUGAUCCAAUUUGAAAAGACCAAUCUCCGUCCAGCCCUCGCUCUCGCCAAUCAAUCACCUCCAACACCAGUGUCCUACACAGUCAAGUUUUGA